AUGGAGAACUCUUUUCUUUACACUCCAGCGGAAGCGCUGGACUACUUUGGCGUCUCGGAACAGACGGGUUUAACCAAGACCGCGGUCUUUCAGUCAAGGGAGCUGCACGGUCCUAAUGCCCUGGCUGAAGAACCCCCAACUCCCAUGUGGGAGCUGAUUCUGGAACAAUUCAAGGACCAGCUUGUCCUCAUUCUCUUGGGGUCGGCGGCGGUGUCGUUCGUCUUGGCUCUUUUCGAAGAAGGCGACGAUUGGACUGCCUUUGUGGACCCUGUUGUGAUUCUGACGAUUCUGAUCCUUAACGCCGUGGUGGGUGUGACUCAAGAAAGCAGCGCGGAGAAGGCAAUUGCGGCUCUACAAGAAUACUCCGCCAACGAGGCCAAGGUUGUGCGUGACGGAAAGACACAGCGCAUUAAGGCUGAGGACUUGGUACCUGGCGAUGUGAUUCACAUUGCCGUUGGCGAUCGGGUCCCCGCCGACUGCCGCCUGCUCUCCAUCCACAGCAACAGCUUCCGCGUCGACCAGGCUAUUCUGACCGGUGAGAGUGAGAGUGUCAGCAAAGAUACCAAGGUUGUCAAGGACCAUCAGGCUGUCAAGCAGGACCAGGUCAACAUGCUCUUUUCCGGUACUACUGUGGUCACUGGCCAUGCCACUGCACUCGUCGUGUUGACUGGUGGAUCGACCGCCAUUGGUGACAUCCAUGACAGCAUCACCUCCCAGAUCUCCGAGCCUACCCCGCUGAAGCAGAAGUUGAAUGACUUUGGUGAUAUGCUUGCGAAGGUCAUCACUGUGAUUUGCAUUCUGGUUUGGGUUAUCAACAUCGAGCACUUCAACGAUCCUGCGUUCGGCGGCAGCUGGACCAAGGGUGCCAUCUACUACCUGAAGAUUGCCGUCUCCCUCGGUGUUGCGGCUAUCCCCGAGGGUCUCGCCGUUGUCAUUACCACCUGCUUGGCUCUGGGAACCCGCAGGAUGGCCCAGAAGAAUGCCGUUGUUCGCUCUCUGCCCUCGGUAGAAACCCUUGGUAGCUGCAGUGUAAUUUGCUCUGACAAGACCGGAACCCUUACCACCAACCAGAUGAGUGUGGAGAAGAUUGUCUACCUGACCAGCUCUGGCAACGCACUCGAGGAGAUCGACGUCGAGGGUACUACCUUUGCCCCUGAGGGCAAGCUGUCCCGCAAUGGGAAGCGUGUGGAGAACGUCGCUGCCUCUUCGUCGACUGUCGCUCAGCUGGCCGAGGUCACCGCUCUGUGCAAUGCCGCCGCCCUCGCCCAUGACGCCAAGACUGGUGUGUUCUCCAACAUUGGUGAGCCUACCGAGGCUGCCCUGCGUGCGCUGGUCGAGAAGAUUGGUACCCCCGAUGCUGCCGUGAACCAGAAGCUCUUCAGUCUUCCUGCCUCGGAGCGACUCCACGCUGCUUCUGCCUACUACGAAUCCCAGCUGCCCCUCCAGGCUACCUAUGAGUUCUCGCGUGACCGCAAGAGCAUGUCCGUUCUCGUUGGCAAGGGCAAGGAGCAGAAGCUGCUGGUCAAAGGUGCCCCCGAAUCCAUUCUGGAGCGCUGCUCUCAUGUUCUGCAAGGUUCCGAGGGUUCGCGCGUGCCUCUCACCAAGAACCACGCCAAGCUGCUCUCCGAGGAGGUCGUCGAGUACGGCAACCGUGGUCUCCGUGUGAUGGCUAUCGCCAGUGUGAGCGAUGUGUCUGGAAACACUCUGUUGAAGAAAGCCUCCACCACCGAGGAUUACGCCAAGCUCGAGCAGAACAUGACCCUCAUUGGUCUGGUUGGUAUGCUGGACCCCCCUCGCCCUGAGGUUGCUGAGUCCAUCAAAAAAUGCCGCGAGGCUGGUAUCCGCGUCAUUGUCAUUACUGGUGAUAACCGCAAUACCGCCGAGUCCAUCUGUCGCCAGAUUGGUGUCUUCGGACGCAACGAGGAUCUGACCGGCAAGAGCUUUACUGGUCGUGAGUUCGACAGCCUCAGCGAGGCCGAACAACUGAAAGCCGUCCAGACUGCAUCCCUCUUCUCACGUACCGAGCCCAGCCACAAGUCUAAGCUGGUCGAUCUCCUCCAGUCAUUGAAGCACGUCGUCGCCAUGACCGGUGACGGUGUCAACGAUGCUCCUGCGCUGAAGAAGUCCGACAUUGGUGUUGCCAUGGGUACUGGGACUGACGUCGCUAAGCUGGCCGCCGACAUGGUCCUCGCUGAUGACAACUUUGCCACGAUCACCGUCGCUGUCGAAGAAGGCCGCUCCAUCUACAGCAACACCCAGCAGUUCAUCCGGUACCUGAUCUCGUCCAACAUUGGCGAGGUCGUGUCAAUUUUCCUGACCGCUGCCCUGGGCAUGCCCGAGGCUCUGGUUCCCGUUCAGCUUCUGUGGGUCAACCUGGUUACCGACGGUCUUCCCGCCACUGCUCUCUCGUUCAACCCUCCCGACCACGAUGUUAUGAGACGCCCUCCCCGUCGCCGUGAUGAGCCCCUUGUUGGUGGCUGGCUCUUGUUCCGCUACAUGGUCAUCGGCACCUACGUCGGUGUUGCCACUGUCUUCGGAUAUGUGUGGUGGUUCAUGUAUAACCCCGAUGGCCCGCAGAUCUCGUACUACCAACUGUCGCACUUCCACCGCUGCUCUACUCAGUUCCCCGAGAUUGGCUGCGAGAUGUUCACCAACGACAUGGCCAAGUCCGCAUCGACCGUGUCGCUGUCCAUCCUGGUUGUCAUCGAGAUGCUGAACGCCAUGAACGCGCUGUCCUCCAGCGAAUCGCUUUUGACUUUCUUCCUGCACCACAACCCCAUGCUGAUCUAUGCCAUCAUCCUGUCGAUGACCCUCCACUUUGCUAUUCUCUACGUUCCCUUCCUGCAGAGCCUGUUCGCAAUCCUGCCCCUGGACUGGAAUGAGUGGCAGGCCGUGUUGGCGAUUAGUGCACCUGUCAUUGUGAUCGACGAGAUUCUCAAGUUCUUUGAGCGCCGCCUGUACACCACUAAGGUGCUCGUGGCCCCCGCCGCCCAGAAUGGCAGCGCCAGCAAGCCCAAGAAGGCGUAA